CGGCACUUAAAGGGCCCGGAAUGGGGGCGCCGUCACCGCCUCGUCCGCCCCGCGUCUGCUGAAGCCCGGCCGCCGCGCUGUGGUCGCGCCGCCCGCCGGCCGGGUGGACCACCGAGUCGGGGCCGAGUCCUCGCUAUGCCGGCCCGGCGGCUGCUGCUGCUGCUGCUGCUGGCGCUGCUGCUUCCCGGACCCGGGACUCUUGGAAGUCCCAGCACAGUGACACUUCCUGAGACUCUGUUAUUUGUGUCAACCCUGGAUGGGAGCUUGCAUGCUGUCAGCAAGAGGACAGGUUCAAUCAAAUGGACUUUAAAAGAAGAUCCGGUUCUGCAGGUCCCAACACACGUCGAAGAGCCCGCCUUCCUCCCUGACCCCAACGACGGCAGCCUGUACACGCUCGGAGGCAAGAACAGCGAAGGCCUGACGAAACUUCCCUUUACCAUCCCGGAGCUGGUGCAAGCGUCCCCAUGUCGCAGUUCAGAUGGAAUUCUCUACAUGGGUAAAAAGCAGGACAUCUGGUAUGUAAUCGACCUUCUGACUGGGGAGAAGCAGCAGACCUUGUCGUCAGCCUUUGCAGAUGGUCUCUGCCCAUCAGCCUCUCUUCUGUACCUUGGGAGAACUGAGUACACCAUCACCAUGUACGACACCAAGACGCGAGAGCUGCGAUGGAACGCCACCUACUUUGACUACGCGGCCUCGCUGCCCGACGGCGACAUGGACCACAAGAUGUCCCACUUUGUGUCCAAUGGCGAUGGACUGGUGGUGACCGUGGACAGUGAAUCCGGGGACGUCUUGUGGAUCCAGAACUACGCCUCCCCUGUGGUGGCCUUUUAUGUCUGGCAGCGGGAGGGGCUGAGGAAGGUGAUGCAUGUCAACGUCGCCGUGGAGACCCUGCGCUAUCUGACCUUCAUGUCUGGGGAGGUGGGACGCAUCACCAAGUGGAAGUACCCAUUCCCCAAGGAGACCGAGGCCAAGAGCAAGCUGACGCCCACGCUGUAUGUUGGGAAGUACUCUACCAGCCUCUACGCCUCCCCUUCGAUGGUGCACGACGGGGUUGCUGUUGUGCCCAGAGGCAGCACCCUGCCUUUGCUGGAGGGCCCUCAGACUGACGGUGUCACCGUUGGGGACAAAGGAGAGUGUGUGAUCACACCCAGCACUGACCUCAAGUUUGACUCUGGACUCAGAGGGAAGGACAAGGUCAAGUACUUGAGGAACUACUGGCUCCUGAUAGGGCACCAUGAAACUCCACUGUCUGCAUCCAGCAAGAUGUUGGAGAGGUUCCCCAACAACCUACCCAGACACCGGGAGAACGUGAUUCCCGCUGACUUGGAGAAGAAGAGCUUUGAAGACGUUAUCGACCUGGUUGACCGGACCUCAGGAAACACACCAAGCACCAUUUCUCAGGAUGUGGAGGAGAAGCCUGCCCACGCCCCCGCUAAGCCCGAGGCCCCCAUGGACUCCGUGCUCAAGGACGUAGCUACCAUUCUCCUGAGCACCUUCCUGCUCAUCGGCUGGGCAGCCUUCAUCAUCACCUACCCCUUGAGCGUGCACCAGCAGCGGCAGCUCCAGCACCAGCAGUUUCAGAAGGAGCUGGAGAAGAUUCAGCUCCUGCAGCAGCAGCUGCCCUUCCCCCCGGCUGGAGCUGGCGACGCGGGGCAGGACGCCGAGCCCCUGGACUCCUCCGGCCUGUUCUCGGAGAGCUCUGGCACCAGCAGCCCCAGCACGUCGCCCAGGGCCUCCAACCACUCUCUGCACUCCAGCGGCUCUGCCCCCAGGACGGGUGCCGGCCCCUGCCUGGAGCAGGGUGACGAGGAUGAGACCAGCAUGGUGACAGUGGGGAAAAUUUCAUUCUGUCCCAAGGAUGUCCUGGGCCACGGAGCUGAGGGCACGAUCGUGUACCGGGGCGUGUUUGACAACCGCGACGUGGCCGUGAAGAGGAUCCUCCCUGAGUGCUUCAGUUUCGCAGACCGCGAGGUCCAGCUGCUGAGGGAGUCGGAUGAGCACCCGAAUGUGAUCCGCUACUUCUGCACCGAGAGGGACCGGCAGUUCCAGUACAUUGCCAUCGAGCUGUGCGCCGCCACUCUGCAGGAGUAUGUGGAGCAGAAGGACUUUGCCCAUCUUGGCCUGGAGCCCAUCAGCCUGCUGCAGCAGACCACCUCAGGCCUGGCCCACCUGCACUCACUCAACAUCGUUCACAGAGACCUAAAGCCCCACAACAUCCUCCUCUCCAUGCCCAACGCGCACGGUCGGAUCAAGGCCAUGAUCUCUGACUUUGGCCUGUGCAAGAAGCUGGCAGCGGGCAGGCACAGCUUUAGCCGCCGCUCCGGGGUGCCGGGCACGGAAGGCUGGAUCGCUCCUGAGGUGCUGAGUGAAGACUGCAAGGAGAACCCUACCUGCACAGUGGACAUCUUCUCUGCAGGCUGUGUCUUUUACUAUGUGAUCUCUGAGGGCAGCCACCCAUUUGGCAAGUCCCUGCAGCGGCAAGCCAACAUCCUCCUGGGAGCUUACAACCUCGACUACUUGCACCCAGAGAAGCAUGAAGAUGUCAUUGCCCGGGAAUUAAUCGAGAAGAUGAUCGCGAUGGACCCUCAGAAGCGCCCCUCCGCCAAGCACGUGCUGAAGCACCCGUUCUUCUGGGGCCUGCAGAAGCAGCUGCAGUUCUUCCAGGACGUGAGUGACCGGAUAGAAAAGGAAUCUCUGGACGGCCCGAUAGUGAAGCAGCUGGAGAGAGGCGGACGGGCUGUGGUGAAGAUGGACUGGAGGGAGAACAUCACCGUCCCGCUGCAGACAGAUCUGCGCAAAUUCAGGACCUACAAAGGUGGCUCUGUCAGAGAUCUCCUCCGAGCCAUGAGAAACAAGAAGCACCACUACCGGGAGCUCCCUGCGGAGGUGCGGGAGACGCUGGGCUCCCUGCCCGACGACUUCGUGCGCUACUUCACCUCACGCUUCCCCCACCUCCUCUCCCACACCUACCGGGCCAUGGAGCUGUGCUGUCACGAGAGACUCUUCCAGCCCUACUACUUCCACGAGCCCCCAGAGCCCCAGCCUCCAGUGACUCCGGGCCCCUCUGAGCCUGGGCGGGCCCCGUGCUGGUGACCCCAGCUGUGACCGACGGCCUGGCCUGUUCAGCCAGUGCCCAACGCCUCCCGGCCAGCGGGGAGGCCAGCCUCCUCAACAAGUGCCUUGAGCUGCGGCUCUGCAGAAGACAACGCUGCCCCAGGACGUGGGAGAAACACCCCACAGGGAGCUGGGGAGGCAUCGGCCAGAAAGCGUUACCGUGGGGGGUGUCUGCAGAGACGCACCUUUCACCUUCUGGACAAGCUUAGAUUCCAUCCAUUUCCUUCUCAGCUUCCUGUCUGGUGUCCACCCGUGGCCUUUAAAGAAGAGAGAAGGAACCCCCAGCUUUGCCUGUGUGCCGGCGUCAGGAGCACCUCUGCACCAGGCAGCUGGGCCAAGGUGCACUGCCCACACCCUCUGCUCAAGUGGGGCUCGGGAGGGAGCUGGUGUCACCCAGAUGUCACAUGUCCACUGGCUUGAAAUGUGCCUGAGCAUCCCAGGUGCCUGCAACCGGUGUGAGCCUGGAGCUGGGGGCCAGGGCAUGGGGCCAGGCCCACACACCUGAGCAGGUGAGACCGUGCGUACACAUCUCUAGGAAGCGAAGGGGGAGCUCUGAUCUGAAGCAAAAGCAGCUUGGGUUGCUAGUGACCUGAGUGGUGACCUUUGUGAGUUUGUGUCCUGGGCCACUGGGGGUGUUCAGGAGUGACUGGGUAAGGGACAGACGUUUGUCCAGAGGGAAGCAGGCCGAGAGGACUCACAGCUACCCCAGGAGAGCCCCGGGCCAGCAGGACACCCGCCAGCCAGGGGCACUGUGUGCUUUGUGGACAGCCUUUUAUGUGUGUGUGUUUGGGGGCAGAUUUUAAUGACUAUAUUUUGAUGAUACUAUAGGAUGCUACUUGAGCAUAGGUGAGCUGAACUCACCUCAGAGCUUACUCGUGAAGAAAGGACGCAGGAUACAUAGCACAUCUAUUCUGUGUGACACAAAACUCCCCGCACCCCCAGGAAGUGUUGCUACCCAGAGCAUUCUCCGGUGCGGGAGAGCCAGACACUACGCCCUGCGCCCUAGUCAGGGUUUCAAAGUAAUAUAUUUUUAACUAUAUCAAUACAAGUUUGUUUCUCAAAUUAAUAGAAUAUUUAAUUUCAGUUAAGAAAUAAUCCUGUCUCUCCUCUACCGAGGGCCUUAGCAAUGACAUGCAAUCAGGGUUCCGUGGAAGAGAACGUUUUCCAAGUAUUUCCUCCAGCCAGGCCUGGGUCCGAGGGGUCCCGGCAGGGACUCAGAGCUCUCAGAAGCUCCUCUCCACGUGAGGACUGUCCUGUGGAGUUUCCCCAGCUGACAGAGAAAUCACUGUUUCUCCUCGGAGCGAGUGUCCCCACGGUGGCUCUGUGUGAGGGCUAGGCCGCAGAAAGUCCCCCUCUGCCUGGACAGGCAUCAGGGCCUCCCCUCCGGAGCUGAGUGCCACGCCGCGUCUGUGAAGCUCACCAGUUACCUCGUUUAGACCCCGGAGCCCCAGCAGCCUGUGCCGGCCCCGUGGUGCCUUCUGCCACACGCUUCUCCAGAACAGGCGUGCCCGACGCCCGCCUGCCUCCUGCCCGCCUCUCGGUGUGAAGAUAGUGACAGCAGGGUCAGCUGUGGGCUGCCCAGGUGUCCUCCCUGUUUGGCCUCACUUGCAGUGGGGGUUGGGGAUGACCCUUUUCUUCUGCCUCAAUAUUUUCUAGCCACUCAGCUUUGUCCAGCUCACUCCUCCCUGUACCUUGUCCUGGGAUCUCACUGUGCGAGCCCAGCAGGGCCCUGGUCACAGGGACACAUGGGCGGUGAGAGACAGCACUGCGGAGAGGACACGGCGGUGGAGCCGGGCGAGCUCCCGCCCUGCCCUUCAGCUGCCCCCCCCCGGGUCCCGUGCCAUCACCAGUCCUUCGGCGGGUGUGCCAGUGCUUGGUGGGCACCUGGUACAGAAGCACCUCAACCCGUGUGGUGUGGCCCCUCUAGAAAGCUGGCCUCCUGGCCUGCCGGGCCUGGUGGCGUCUUUCCUUGGACAAAACAACUGUCUGCAGCCUGUGUGCUCUGUCCCAGCUGAGCCGCGUCACCUUCGGUUCAGGGCCAGUGACGUCCGCUGUCCUUGGACGGCUGUUGCGUGUUGUGAGGAUGCUCCUUCUGGAAGCAUCUGAGCAUGUCUCUCCACACGUUGGCAUUCCCGAGACACUAACUUGUUGGAAGCCUCCUCGAGUCUGCUGUCGGAUCUGUCUCUGGCCCCCCCUUUAACUGUGGUUUGAGAGUUCCACACAUCACUAGGCCUCAGAGCACUUGCACUUUUGGGAACUGUCGAUAUCAUUCGGUAAGUUAGGAAGUUGCCAACGUCCUUCUUCCCUCCGACUCAGUGUGGUGGUCACGGCUACAGACCCGUGGCAGUGAGACACCCUGGCCCUCACACGUAUGACAUUGCAGGAAGGGCCACAGGUGUGUGGGUCUGGCAAGGUGUGGUGUGACGAGAUGUCAUCGCCGUCGCAGCCCUUAGCACAGUCACAGGCACCAGCUGGCUGGCAUCCUGGGUGCUGGGGACUCCAGGUCGGAGAGCUUUCUCCUCUUGGUGUCCUGUCUUUCCGGCCGGGUCAGGAUUUCCCAGGACUGCUCCCAUCCUCCAUCUCUGCCCAGCAGCCUGUCCGUCUCCCGCUCUCCCACAGGAGGGGUGAGUUCUGCCUUCCUGCCGGGAGAGCGGGGAGAGGGCACAGCGCCCUGCGCAGAGCUCCCUCUCAAGUGGCCUUGCUUCCCAGCAUUCUUCUCUCCUUGCUCUUCACGUCCGCGUCCUGUCACCCCGCGUGGCUUUCCCCGGAGGCGUCAUGAGGGUCCUCUGCAGGUGAGGCGAGGUUCUGCCUUCCAGGGUCAGACCCGCCAUUUGAUACCAAAGUGUCCACCUCAUCAGGCCGGUGUCCCGUGAGUCACUCUGCGCCGAGGCUUGUGCAGCUCGCAGGUGCUUUCCACCCUCCUAGAGACCCAGAGCGGCCUUAACUAACACUUCAGCCGCAUCCCCGCCCUGCCAGCCGCCGUGCUCCGGGUGUCUGGGGAGGCCCGUGUUCCUCCUCGGUGUCCCAGAGGCCGUGACGGGGGCGUCCCCACAUGCCUAGAGAGCAUUGCCAACCAUCGAUGCCGCAUUCUCAGAUGCAGACCUUACGUGGUGUCCUUUUUGCAAUGGCCUAUUUAUUUAACCUAUUUAUAUUUAUUUAAUUUUUACUCUGAAGUGUAUCCAGCUACAGUUGCACUUGCCUACAGCACACCAGACAGCAGCCUUCCCCAUCUUAAAGCUGGAAAUGUCACACUGUAUCCCUCCCUCUGCAGGGUGGAAGCCUUCCUGUCGUUGUGCUGUUUGGGGGUGAAUAAUGUGAUUGGGUGAAAAUGUUGAUUUUUAAGUGAUCCUAAAAACUGUGCCAUGUGUCUCCUCUGUGCGUGGUGUGUAUUAACUGUGUGGUACGACCCUCUUGGUGGACCCUAAAAACCCUUUUUUAGCUUCAUAUUUUAUAAAUUGCCAGAUGGUACAACUUUUAUGUGUAUUUUUAAAGCUCAGUGAUGUGAGGAUAAUAGUCUAAGUUAAACGGCCUAUUUUUGUACUUCCUGUACAGUUUUAUAAUUCUGCUGACUGAUGAUAGCGUCCUAUGCUGAGCCAGCCACAAAUAAAGGUAGUUUUAGACCCAGAAA